AUGGCGCCUCCAACAGCAAACGGUGCCGCCAAAACCACCACAGAAACCACUACAACAGAUAUCUCACCUACGACGAGCAACGUGGACAGUGAAUCUCAGAACUUCAACAAUCACGGCAGCAUGUCGGACGACAAGCCAACGCGGUUGACACGCCUUCGGCGGCAUAUGGCGCAAGAUGUCCACGAGGACUGGACCGAUGUCAUCCUAGUGAUACUGUCUUUCAUUACCGGCAUGGUCGAUGCAGCUGUAUUCAACACAUGGAGCUGUUUCGUCGGCAUGCAGACUGGUAAUACGGUCUACGUGGGGCUCGGCAUAUCUGGCCAGCCGUACAGCCAACCAUACCGAUGGGCGAAAUCAGGGACAGCUAUCUCGUCUUUCUGCUUCGGGUGCUAUGUUUGGUCACGGCUAUCACGCAAGAUGAAGCCUUUGGCACGCUCAACUAUAGUCCUCACUAUGGUUGUGCAGAUUGUGCUCACCUUCGCUGUUUGCAUCAUGGUAUGGACGGGCUUUGUACCUCAUGACGCCGGCGACAGGAUACCGAAGGAUUGCAUCGUCUUGCUGCCGUUGUCGCUCCUGGGUUUUCAGAGCGCACUGCAAAUCGUGAUGAGUCGUUUCUUGGGCUUCAACGAACUGCCAACCGUGGUACUAACAUCCACCUACUGCGAUCUGUUCAUGGAUCCAAAGCUCUUCACGACUCCCAUUGCGCGCGGGGGCAAUCUUAAACGCAAUAGGAGAUUCCUCUCGAUCAUCGCUUUGGUCGUCGGUGCUGCUGCCUCUGGGUUCUUGACGGAGGGCGGCGACAUCUCUCAACCACUAUGGAUCACCAGUGUGCUCAAGAUCCUUGUCACGGCUGUGUGGUUGUUCUGGCCUGGAAAGGGGCAGAUUCGCCUGGAGUAA